CGACGGCAACUGCCAUUUGAAACGGAUGAGCGCGCGGCCGAAGCGGGGCUCGGCGCCCAUCAAAUCGCAUGACAUUUCGACCAAGCAGCUCAUGGACGAUGCGCUCGUGGACCACGACGUGAGCGAAGACGGUGCCGACUCGGACGACUCGGACGCCAAGAAGCAGCGCAAGGACGCCCAGCGCAUGUACCGCAUCAACUCGUACUCGUCGCUCAACAAACUCAACAAAAAACCGGUGACGCCGGCGACACCCGUCGACGGCUCGCGCAAGCCCGUGGCGGUCGCCAUGGACGAGCCGUGCAAAAAGUGCCUCGCGAGCAAAGACAUGUCGUCGAUGCACUACGCCGCGUAUGCCGGUCACCUCCCGUGCCUCCAGACGCUCCUCGCCACGGGCAACCCGCCGCCCACGGACAAGCACAAGCGGACGCCGCUCUUCUACGCGUGCGCAGCCAAUCAAGCGAGCUGCUGCGCCGAGUUGCUGGUCCAGCGCCCCGAGUGGAUUGACGUUCCGGACGCGCAGCUUGACUCGCCCGUGCACGUGUGCUGCUUCUUUGGCUGGGACGCCUGCCUCGAGCAACUCCUCGAUGCCGGCGCCAACCCGCACGUGCGCAACGCCAAGGGCUUUCGCCCGUCGCACAUCACAAAGACGCCGGCCUGCCUCUCGAUCCUCGUCAGCCACGGCGACGACUUGCUCCAAGGCGACAAGCUCGGCCGGACUCCCCUUUUUGUCGCAUGCACACGCGAUCGCGUCGACUGCGUCGAGUUUCUCUGCUCGUGGGACUACCAAGUGCACUCGUGGAUGCUCGAGCAGGAGGACGACCGGAGCGAUAGGCCAUUGCACGCCGCUGCCUGCAACGGCAGCCUCGGAAGUCUCCAGGUGCUGCUCAAAUAUGGCGCCGACGUCUACGCGAAAAACGUCAAGGGGCUCACGGCACUCGAUUUGGCCGUCACCAACCAGCACGAAGACUGCGCGGCACUCUUGCGCCAGAACAUCCACGACACGGAAAACGCUGCGACGUGGUUUGCGCCGUCGCAAUCGCGCCACAACGUCGGGCCUGCGCCGACGACCGAGUGGAGCGAGUGCAUGGACACGGAUACCGGUCAUCUCUUCUACUACAACAACAGCACGGGCAAGUGCCAGUGGGAACUUCCGACGGACUUGAGGGGACGGCAGUCGGCCGUGACGACACCUAUAAUUGCUGCGACGCACUUGGCGACACUGCCUGAAGCAACAGCGGCGACCGACGCGAUUACUACUGGCGAGGACACAACGACGACGACGACGGUGACCAACCAAACGACGGCGGGCGAGGAAGACGGCGGCGACUAUGUGUGGGUCAAGAAGAAGAAAACGCUCAUCGCGGUCGUUGCGAGUUCGCAGUCCGAGUGGUGCGUCGUCCAAGACCCGGGUUCCAAAGCCAUCUACUACCGCAAUACAAAGACGGGCGAGUCGCAGUGGGAAGAGCCCGAAGCCAUCCAAAAGCUGCAGCACGAUGUGCACGCCCACACCUCGCAGCACGCUGCCGAGCUCUGGAACGACCUCAACAAGGCCCGCGAUGCGUUGGCUGCCAAAUUGGAGGAAGAGCGGGCGCGGCAAGCGGCUCUGACGCAAACAGCGAUCGGGUCGUUCCAAGCCUCGAUCCAGCAGCGUCGCGAAGAGAUGAAGCAAAAGGAGCUCAAGACGCUUCUUCCGAAAUCGUCCUUUGUCAAAGUCAAGCGCAAGCCGCCGUCGCUCAAAGGACUCAAAAUGAGCAUGCACACAAUCCAAGACGUACCGAACGAAGACGGUCCUGAAGAUAUCGUGUCCAAGACCAUUGACGACGACCCGAUCUUGACGCUCUUUGUCGGGUCCUUUGUACGACCCAACGGCCAUCUUGCGACUUGCAGCAAUACCAACAUGACGCAGCCGCACAAGCGGUCGGCCCGCAGCGUGCAGCUCGAGAUGACGGGCGUCCAGCGUAUCUACAACUGCGUGUUCUACUACUACCUCUCUCUUACCGACCCCGUCGCGGCGGUGGGCAUGACAAAAUCGCAGUUUCGGACGUUUCUAAAGGACGCGCUGCUGUUGCCAAAUGCUGCGACAAAAGGCCCACCACCGCCGCUCAAGCUGCACACGUCCGACAUGAUUUAUGCGCAGAGCAUCAUGGAUGACCCGUCCCUCGCAGAAGCACCGUCCAAGAAAGAUGCCCUGCUCACGCUCCCGGCAUUUCAGGCAGCCAUGAUCAACGUCGCGGACCGCGUUGUCGCGCAGCUCGACGAGAAGGUCGAGGCGACGAUCGACGAUGCAGGCGAGUGGCUUUGCCUCGAGUACAUUCUCCCACUCGUGCGGCGGCUCGCGGGCAAAAUGGCCGAAACCGUCAAACGGUUUACAGACAUUGAGGCACAAAUGACCAGCGCCCAAGGACUUUUGGCGGCCAACCGGUCUCUCUUCCAGCUCUUGCACAAGUUUUACAGCAGCGAUUCGCGCUUCAAACUCAUGACGUUUGCGAGCCUCGUGGCCUUUACGACCGACUUUGACGUGACGCCGACGCUGUGCUCGGUGCCGAGUCUUUUUCACGUGUGCGAGGCCAUCAACUGGAUGUCGGGCAACGCGUACACGGUCGUGCUAUCGUAUGACAAGUUUGUGCAAAUCUGCCGCACGCUCGCGGUCGAGUACAUCAAGGACGGCGACGACGCCAAGAGCAAAAUAGCCGGGCUUCUUACGCACCUGAACGCGCACCGCCACAACCGUGCGACCACGCUCCUGACGGCGCCGCUCGUGUUACCUUCCGCGUUUAUCGUCGACGACAGCUGACAACCAGACAACAUGUGUUUGGGUGUACUAACAAGAAGGAACGUUCUUUGCUGC